AUGGCCAGCAGAGACGCACAGGAACCAAGUCUGCAUGCUGCAGACCCAAGUAUUGUGCGCCCCUGCGAGCAACACGGCGGAGUGUUAGCCGGCAGUGUGAGCAGUCACCCGGCUGCUGCGGAGUGCGCGUCGCACACACCAACCCUGGAAACAGGGGCACCUUGUGCUGCCGGAAGCGCACCAAGUGCUCCUAUGACCGACCAGGGCGCUCGGUCCCCUCGUGCUGCCGACAGUAUGCCAGCUUCGUCUCUGGAACGCGACGAGCGUGCAAGGCGCAUCGCAUGUCGCUUGCCGUCGUCAGCGAUACGCCUGCCGGCCUUUGGCGAAGCCGUUUCCCGUCCAAACGCGGGAUCCAGCGUCGACGCAACCGCGACCAAAGCAAGCCUACCGUCCGCCGGCGACGAUGGGCUGGGGAACUCCAGAGAAGAACAGGGCACCACUUGUUCUGAACCUGACCUGCACGGAGUGCCGGAAAACGACCAGGUUGAGGUGUGCGUAGGUGGCAGAGGCAUCCUGCGACCUCGUAGUUAUCAGAGACAAGCACCUCAGCGCUGCGGACUUCCGGGAAUGGCACCUGAAACUGCCGCGCGGCCGGAUCAUACCGCCCGAAAUGAGCUUGAGGAGGCGCUCGCUCGCCAAAGAGCCCGACUCGCCGAGCCCGACGCUUCAGGGGAUAUCCAUGGAAGGCACGCAGGGUAG